AUGGCUGCUGGAUUAAAGACUGUGAUAUUGCUCUCGUUCGUCCUCGCCGUUGGUUUCCUACUCAUCAUCCUGUCCUGCGCGUUAUUUAAGAAUUGGUUACCUUUGCUUGUCGCUUUGACCUUCGUCGUCGCGCCACUCCCAAACGCCAUAUUCGCGCAUUGCGGUUCUGAUGAUUUCUCAACGGACGGAGAGGCAUCAGGCCCAGUUGACCUUGGGCGCUUCAUCACGUCCAUGAUUGUCGUCACCGGGUUCGCCCUCCCACUCAUCCUUGCACACUCUGAGAUUAUCCACCCCGCUGCAUGUGUGAUGUCGAUUAUAGGAGGAGGACUUGUGUAUGGAACGAUCUUAGCGUAUACAGCUACCUUCAGCCAGGAGGCAGACGAAUUCUAA